AUGGCUAGGUGGUGUAUCUUGAUGCUUGUUCUUGCUGUGGCCGUGACUACAAGUGCGAGAAAUGAACCCACCGAUGCUGGUCUGAAGGACCAGAAGAACUUCAUGACCUACGGUGGUGUUGGUGGUUAUUCAGGACUUGGCAGUAAUGGGUUACCUUUUGGAGGAGGUGGGGCCGGACUAGGUGGUCAGUUUGGCGGUGGACUUGGUGGCGGGCUCGGUGGUGGACUCGGUGGUACAACUGGGAUUGGUGGAGUUAGCGGAUUCGGUCCUGGUGUUGGAGGAGUAGGUGGCGGUGUUGGCGGCGGUGCUGGAGGCGGUGCUGGAACCGGUGUUGGUGGCGGUGUUCUUCCUUUCCCUUGA